AGGCCUUGUUAACAAUACAGCUGUUGAAUUCUUGUGUCCACACACAGAGACACGCUCCACAGCCCGCCUACUCUCCGGUCCCACCACUUCCUCCAUAGCUCUCACACUUGCUCUUUCAUUCUCAUCGGAUAUGCAGUGUCUCACCAUCACAUGACAAUCACACUUGAGAGAUGCUUUGAUUUCAAUACUUUGGACCACUCGUCAGCUGCAUGCACCUCCAGAGCGAUGUCAUCUCUACUUUCUCACAACAAAGAUCAGCCACACAUUAAAAAGACGCUUUCUGACUCUGCUCCAACUUCAUCCACUGCCACCAGCAGGAGCCUGAGGCAUGAGAGACUAUCUAGAUUGAGUUCCUCUGGAUCAUCCGAUGUUUCCAGUGACACAGCAACAAAUCAUGCUGAAUCCUACUUCCUACGGAGAGAGAACCGUCUGUCUGCGAGGAAAAAGGCAGAAGAAGAGACACAAAAUGACUAUAAAAAGAUGUAUGAAAAGGCUCUGAGCAGCAAUCAGAGGCUCAAAUCCAGGCUGGAAACAAGUAAACAGGAACUUGUCAUGAUUCAGGACCAGCUGCAGAGAGCUCAGAAGGGAAAUCUAAGAGACUGCGGCUCCACCAUGCUCGAGGCAGAAAAAAAGGAAAAUGUGAAUCUUAAAAAGGAGAUAAAAGAUAUGGAAGAGCAGUUGAAGGUUAAAGCGGAGCUGAAGAUGGAGAACCAGAGACUGAAGGAUGAAAAUGGAGCUUUAAUCCGUGUCAUCACCAAACUGUCCAAGUGAGACAGAGAAGAGGCGAGAAUCAUACCAGAAGCCAAAUUUGUAUAUCAAUAUGUGAUUCAUCCUAUCCUCAAAAGAACGUUUGUCUGUAUUUGAGUCAUUCCUCAAUGUCUGUCGGGUGUUGUGUUUUUGUGAAUGAUUGACAUGUUUAGAAAUCAUUGACUGUUAUAUUUAAUCAUGUACGGCAUUCCCUGACAGAAAAUACAUUAAAUUACAUUGUAUACUGUGCAUUUCUACAGUAAGACAAAAGCCAACAGGACAACUUCUUGUGUAAAGUUGUCAAGGGCUAAAACAUGAACGCAGGUAUUGCCAUGGAAACUGCAAACAGGGCCUGUGAGCUGUGAUGGAUGAGCUGCAUUUAUCAGAGACAUUGGAGCAUCACCUUUGAUUAAGCAGCUUUACCUUGGACUCUGAUUCCUUGGAGAACCUGCAAUAUACAAAAAAAAUAAAUAAAUUAUGUUAGAAA